AUGGACUCUAACGCCACAUCCACUUCUAAAGUACCCCAUGAAGCCAUUCGGUUCGCCAUCCGCGAAAACUUCCCGUCCAUUCUCGAGCCUUCUCACGCUCUCGGCGAUAUUUUGAUGUCAAUGCUGACAAAGAUCAACACGCUCCACGAAAUAGCCAGCAGCACGAUUCGCGAUACAAGAGGAAAGGAGAUGACAGAUGCAAUAGAUGCGCUCCUUGAUGAAUGUGCAGAGGUGGAAGCGCAGUUCAAGGUUUGGCACGAGAAGCUCAAUGUUGCUUGUGUGAUGAUAAAAAUGUUUGGUUCACCCCACUCUACGUCGCGUCACCUCCGACGCCGCCAGCAGAACUACUCGUGGGACCACGGCUAUCUCUACCAAUCCGAGCUCACACCCGUACCCUCCUAUGAAGACCUCUCUAUACCCACUGCCAUCCACACCCCAAUCGACCUCCCCUCUCGCGUCAGCGCUCUGAACCGCCGCGCAGCUAUCGUCUCGGCCAACCUUACUCAUCUCACCGCCGUUGUCAAGCCGCUUGAAACGAUCAAACCCGAUGACCUUAGCGAAGCCCAUCUUAGCGACAUGUGGGAGGAAGGUGUGUGCUUGGGCAAGGCCAUGGAGGAGUUCAAAGAGCAGAUGGAAGAAGUGAGCUUGGUACUGGAGGAAUUGCUCAUCGGUCGCAAGAAGGGAAUGAAGAUCUUGGGUGGAGUUGGCUUGGGCUUGGGCUUGGAGAGUAGUAGGAGUCUGUCUAGGGGCUUCGGUAGGAGGAGGGGCUUGGGCUUCUGA